AUGAACGACUCGGUUCUUGGCGCACACGCGAACGCGUCUGCGGCGUUCCUGGACGCGUCGGGAUCUCCACCGAAUCCUGCGCAGACGCCGCGUGCGUUGCGCCUGGACUCGCGCUCGCUGGUCAUCUCCACAACCAUGUUCGCGGUGGGAGUUCUGGGCAAUCUGGUCGCCGUCGCGGUGCUUUGCAUCUCCAAGAGGGAGCAAAAAGAGACCACGUUUUACAUGCUCGUGUGCGGGAUGGCGGUCACGGACCUGCUGGGCACAUGCUUCACCAGCCCGGUGGUGAUCGCCACCUAUGUGGCAGGGAGGUGGCCCGGGGGAACCACGCUGUGCCACUUCUUCUCCUUCUCCAUGCUGUUUUUCGGCUCGGCCGGGAUGUCCAUCCUGUGCGCCAUGGCCGUUGAGCGCUACCUCGCCAUCAGCCACGCGUUCUUCUACUCCCAGCACGUGGAUCGCACCGUGGCAAGGCUGGCACUGCUUGCCGUCUACGUCAUCAACGUGGUGCUGUGCGCCAUGCCGAGUUUUGGGUUCGGACGGCAUGCCAAGCACUUCCCGGGGACCUGGUGCUUCCUCGACUGGCGCGCACUGGACACCCGAGGGGCCGCCUAUUCGUUCCUGUACGGAGGCUUCGUGCUGAUCCUGAUCGCGGUCACCGUGCUGUGCAACUGUGCCGUGUGCCGCUCGCUGGUGGGCAUGAACAAGAAGACCCGCGUGGUGGCGGCGGCUGCCCGGGCAGAGGCGCACGCUGGGCAGGUGGCAUCCAGGCGCGCGUUCCGAAAGCUGCCGGCAGUAGCGUCGGCGGCCGAGAUUCAGAUGUUUUGGCUUUUAAUUUUUAUGACCAUCGUCUUCCUGAUCUGCUCCAUUCCUCUGGUGGUGCGAAUAUUCGUCAAUCAGCUCUACGGUCCCACCUAUAUCGCUGCGGGAGUGCAGCCGGACUACCAGAGUGACCUCCUCGCCAUUCGCUUUGCUUCCUUCAACCCCAUCCUGGACCCGUGGGUGUACAUCCUGUGCAGGAGGAGCCUGUUCACCAAAUGCUGCAAAUGGAUCAAGCGCACGGUGGACCUGAGCAGAGAGAGUCCCGUACGGAGGUCCGGCUGGGUGCUCGGGCAGAACUCGCCUCAGUCGUUUGUGCACAGCAACGCCACCAGCUACGUAUCACUGCGUGCAACAUCCUGUAGAAAAGCUAUAGGGAAACUAAACACCACAAACUCAAAAUCCUACAUCGAUCUGAGUGUCCGGCAGGCGUGGGACUUGGACACGGCCAUGGACGAUUUCCACCCGUUCAGCGUGGAUCAGAGUCCGGUUUUGGGCUCGGAGAGCGAGGUGUCGGGGUCUGAAUCAACGACUGUAAAAAACACGGAAUGCGCUCAGGUGUUACCGACGUCUUGUGAGAAAAUGGACGAAAAUAAAACUGUGAUAGUCACGUGCACCUUCAGCACGCCGAGUUCCUGCUUAUCAGAGCAGUGUUAA